GCCGACCUCCUCCACUACAAAGAACUCUUCUCCAAACUCCGCUUCUCCUACGUCGAGCAGGUCACCAAAGAAAAGUUCAUACGCGCCAUCGUCGGCGACCCGCCCUUGAUCGUCACGCCCCAGGAAAACGCCGAGCUGGAAGACAGCAACAAGGUUGCCAAGGCGGAGCUGAAGGCUCUCAAGAAUGAGGUGGCGGACAUGGUCAAGGAUCUGGAGGCGAGGGGGCGGGAGCUGGCAAAACGUUACGAGAGGGUCAAGACGGAGACUGUCCGGCUAGGGGAGCUGCCGGGACGAGUGGAGGGGUUGGAAAGGGAGAUUGCGAGGUUGAAGGAGGAGCAGCAGGUUGGGGAGGGAUCGAGGGCAGAGCUGAAUUUGCCGCUGGCGAAGACGCUGCAGCUUGUGGGCGAGAAAAAGAGGCAGAUGCAGGAGUUGGAUAGGCAGUUGGAGCAGCUGAGAAAUCAGGCUCCACGGAAGAGGAAGGAGGUGGAGCGGUUGCAAGGAGAGGUGGCCGGGCUGGAGCAGAAGAGGGGGAAUGCGAUGGCGGCGGCGAAAGAAGCGAAGAGAAGGAGGGAGGAUAAGGGGGCCAGGAACGGGGUUGAUGAGCUGGAGGCAAGGGGACGGUGGUAUAGGGGGAGCGAGGCUGUUUUGAGGGGGUUGCUGGGGAUUCAGGGGUGA